GGCACUUGACCUUUUCCGGGUUCACCAGCAGUAUUUAAACUGGUGCAAGGCAACAUACUUGCAAGUGUCUUCUGUUGACAUGACAGAUUCUCCUGCUAGUUCACACAAUGUUCAAAAGGCACAAGUCCCUUGCUUCGGAUCGCAAGAGAGAAAUAUUUUCCCGAGGAGUUACACGGUCCAUGCUGAAGAAUGAGUUGAGAAACUUUCAUUGUUUGUCGCAACUUGUGCUCUCAGCAGGCCCUCUAAAAUCAGCUCCAGUAGUUAAACAUUCAAAAACUGCGCACUUUGAGAUUGAAAUACUUGAUGCUCAAACAAGAAAGCAAAUAUGUAUUGUGGAUAAGGUGGUGCAAACAUCCACUAUUCAUGAUGUUAAACAAAAAUUCCACAAAGCAUGUCCAAAGUGGUAUCCUUCCCGAGUUGGCCUGCAGCUAGAACGAGGUGGGCCUUUUUUGAAGGACUACAUAACCAUUCAAAGCAUUGCAGCUUCCUCCAUUGUCACUCUCUAUUUUACAGACCUAGGUCAACAGGUCAGUUGGACUACAGUAUUUUUGGCUGAAUACACAGGACCUCUGAUUAUAUAUCUCCUCUUUUAUUUGAGGAUCCCAUAUAUAUAUGAUAUGAAAGAGAGUUCUAGAAGAUUCUGUCACCCAGUGGUACACUUGGCUUGCUUCUGUCAUUGCAUACACUAUAUCCGAUAUCUUUUGGAAACCUUAUUUGUUCAUAAAGUUUCUGCAGGACAUACACCAUUGAAAAAUUUGAUAAAGGGCUGUGCCUUUUAUUGGGGAUUUACUUCUUGGAUUGCCUACUACAUUAAUCACCCACAGUAUACACCACCAUCCUUUGGAAACCGGCAAGUCACCGUAUCUGCUAUCAAUUUUUUGAUUUGUGAAGCUGGAAAUCAUUUCAUCAAUGUAAUCUUGGCUCAUCCCAACCACACAGGAAUUAAUGCCUGUUUUCCAAGUCCAAAUUAUAACCCCUUCACAUGGAUGUUUUUCCUGGUUUCAUGUCCUAACUACACCUACGAGAUUGGAACAUGGAUUAGUUUCACAGUCAUGACACAAACACUGCCAGUUGGGAUUUUUACGCUUCUGAUGAGUAUCCAGAUGUCUCUGUGGGCACAAAAGAAACAUAAGAUUUAUUUGAAGAAAUUCAAUUCUUAUGUGCAUAGAAAAUCAGCAAUGAUUCCAUUCAUACUGUAG